AUGCGUUUCCAAUCCCUCGCUGUCUUGGCUGGCGUCUCUAUCGUGGUUGCUGAUAGCACGGUCACCCUUUUCAUUCCGGGAUUCGAUGUCCAAUCACUAGAAGGCAAAAUAUUGGGCACGAGUGGCACUAUGACGACUUACCUUCUCAACUGUCCUACGAGUGAGGAUCCGAAUUCCUGCGGUCUGCCAUCGAAUGGCUACGCUAUCACUGAGGGUGGCUCAUCUCUAGAGAUGGCUUACACCGACGGUCCCCAAACAGUCUCACAACACUGCAAGCUCCAGGGCUCAACCCACGUCGAUUGCGUGGCCUCCAUGAUUUCAGAUAGCUCGACCUCAGCCCUUACCACAGGCAUUGACAUCAAAAGCAUGCCUUACGGCGGCUUCCGGGCUGUCCAUAUAACUGCAACAGAGACCGGGAAUGCUUCUCCCUCCACCGAUGCUGCUGCCACUGCUUUGACCACUGCCUCGACCACUUUGGCCCAUCCUACUAAUUUCACGGGUACUGUUUCUUCAACCAGCAGUGUUGCCGCGACCACCACUGGUACCUCUAAUGCAGCGAUGCGGAUGAUCACUGGGAAUACGCGUUGGAUGGUUGGAGGCGCCGUCGCCCUGGCGAUGGCUGUCAUAUAG